GAGACGCUGGCCGCAUCGUCCGGCAUUGAUCGAUGUGUUGGUUCCACCACAAAGCGCCAACGGAGAAGAUAGAUGAAUAUAAACGAUCGUCUCCAUCGAACCGGCAGAACGUUCACGGAGUCGCUACUGGACGGUACACAUCGGUGAAGUUUGCUCCUAAACUAUAACAGAAUGUCUCGCUGGUUGAUCAGCUCGUUGGUGCUGUCGGCUUUGGUCGCCGUCAGUCUGGCUGCGACGACGGCCAGUGGCCCGGGAAAGAAGUUGAACAUUCCGGCGUUCAAAGAUGCGGGAAAAACGGUCGGUGUUGAGGUGUGGCGUAUCGAGAACUUUCAACCCGUAGCCGUGCCGAAGCCGAAACAUGGAGAGUUCUACAACGGUGACUCGUACGUGGUGCUGAACACCAAGGAGGACAAGAACAAAGUAAAGUCGUACGAUAUUCACUUCUGGUUGGGUACGAAAACUACUCAGGAUGAGGCCGGUUCGGCGGCGAUCUACGCUGUCCAGCUGGACGAUUUGCUGAACGGAGUGCCGGUGCAGCACCGCGAAGUCGAAGGUGCCGAGUCGGACCUCUUCGUCAGCUACUUCAAGGGAACGGUGCGCUAUCUGGAGGGUGGCGUCGCCACCGGCUUCAAGCACGUCACCACCAACGAUCCGGGCGCGAAACGCCUGUUCCAGAUCAAGGGUACGAAGAACAUCCGCGUCCGCCAGGUGGAGCUGGCUGUGUCGGCCAUGAACAAGGGCGACUGCUUCAUUCUCGAUGCGGGCCGCGAGAUCUACGUGUACGUCGGCCCGACGGCGGGCCGUGUUGAGAAGCUGAAGGCGAUCAACUUCGCUAACGAAGUGCGCGAUCAGGAUCAUGCCGGUCGCUCGAAGGUGCACAUUAUCGAUGAGUUUUCCACGCUCACCGAUCAGGAGAACUUUUUCACCGUGCUCGGAUCCGGAUCGCCAUCGCUGGUGCCCGAUCAAUCGACCGCUCCGGCCGAUGCUGCCUUCGAGAAGACAGAUGCUGCCCGUGUGACGCUCUACCGGGUGACGGACGCGAAGGGAAAGCUGGCCGUGGAACCGAUCAACGAGAAACCGCUGAAGCAGGAAUCGCUCAAGCCGGAGGAUUCGUACAUUCUGGACACUGGUAGCGGUCUCUACGUGUGGAUCGGCAAAGGAUCCACGCAGCAGGAGAAAACUCAAGCGUUCGUUAAGGCACAGGAGUUCAUCGGCUCGAAGAAGUAUCCGGCCUGGACUCCAGUCGAACGGUUGGUCCAGAACGGCGAGACGGCUCCGUUCAAGCACUUCUUCCAAACCUGGCGCAACCCUGGAUCGACCCAGUCGCGCUUGGUGUAAGAUCUUCAAGAUUUAAAAUGUUAACACUAAAAAUGACAUGAACAAUAAAUGUAAAAUUGUUGAUUCAAAGUUUAA